AUGACUGCUGCACCUCCCAUCCUUCCGGUUUCGGCUCAUGCAGCGAAACCUCGUGACAGAAACAUUGAGGAUUUCAGGCCAGGAUAUCCAAGAUUUACUUCACUUAUCUCCUCUCAUGACUCCUUCUUUCUGUUUCGGCGGUUCAGCAGGCUGCGAGCUCGCCUUCUCUUGAUCAAGCAAGACAAGUUGGCUGUUCUGGAAAAGAAACUUGAUGAUAUUGAUGAUGUUGAGCCGGUCGAUAUAUUCCUUGGAAAGAGCCGUAUCGAUAGAAACCAGGAUCGGCUCACCGUAUUAUCUGACAUAGAAUCAAAUCUGGCUGGAUAUGAAAGAACUCUCAGCUUUGGUCGUGCUGAGUCAAGAGACAUACAAAGCCUGAGGAACUGGGUCGAUGGCAACGAAUCUGUGGCUAGAGAUGAGACAUCCUAUCUGUCAAACAAGAAGGAUUUAUUCUCACUAUCACCUAAGAUAGAUAAUGCCACUACCCGGUUCGAAGACUGGAUAGAAGAUAGAGUGGCACAAGUCUCCCACCUGCUUAACGUAGACAUUCUGGGUCGUGAUGCGUCAUCAGAUCCAAACGUCUUCAUAUACUCUGGUCCGUUCAUCAAACGCGCAGCAAAGGCAUUGCUGAUAUGUCUGGCCACGAUGUUACUGCUGCUUCCCAUAGUCAUCUGCAACCUGGUCUCCGAUCUUGCUAUGCGUCUGUUGAUAAUAAUGCUCUCGACUGUUGUCUACCUGAUCGUACUCUCUGGGUUGACUCGUGUCAAGACGAUUGAGUUAAUUGUUGCUGGGACAACAUAUGCCACUGUUCUUACUGUUUUUGUAUCAGGAACAGACGGGAGAUGA